UCUAAGGUAAUAGACAAGUGACUAUAAAGUGACUAUAAAGUGACCGAGAGGUAACUGAAAUUGAAUUGACUUAUUAUAAGAAUUUUUAAAAUGUCACUUGAUCCUGAGACUCGUAGAAAACUUUUGUUAUUACAAAAAUCUGGAGAAAAUAAGAAAUGUGCUGAUUGUUCAGCUCCAAAUCCUCAAUGGGCAUCACCAAAGUUUGGAAUAUUUAUAUGUUUAGAAUGUGCUGGAAUUCAUAGAGGUUUAGGAGUUCAUAUUUCAUUUGUUAGAUCUAUUACUAUGGAUCAAUUUAAGCCUGAAGAAACUUUAAGAAUGGAAAAAGGUGGAAAUGAAAAAAUUAAAAAUUAUUUUAUUGAUAAUGGACUUGAUAUUAAUUUACCUGCUAAGGCUAAAUAUGAUAAUUAUGUAGCUGAAGAUUAUAAAGAAUUAUUAACUUGUGAAAUUGAAGGUAGACAAUUUGUUGCCUCAGAUCAUAGUGGUAAAUCAUUACCAACUGUUUCAAGUAUAAGUACUUCAAAUAAUACUCCUAUUAAUAAUUCAAGUUCUAAUCUAAGUCAAGAUCCAAUUUCUUCUCGUAGAAAUACUCCUUCAUUACCUAAUGAUCAAAGGGUUAAGAAUGAAGCAUAUUUUGCUGAAUUAGGAUCAAAAAAUGAAACAAGACCUGAUCAUUUACCUCCAUCUCAAGGUGGUAAAUAUGGAGGAUUUGGUAAUACACCUGCCCCAAAAGUUAAUGGUAAUUCAUCAUUAAGUUCAUUUACUUUAAAUAAUUUACAAAGUGAUCCUUUAGGUACUUUUUCAAAAGGUUGGGGAUUAUUUUCAUCAUCUGUUGCAAAAUCAGUUACUGAAGUUCAUGAAAGUGUUAUUAAACCAGGAAUUUCUCAAUUACAAGAAAGUGAAUUUGGUACUGAAGCUAAAAGAGCCAUGGCACAAUUUGGACAAAAAAUGCAAGAAACUGGUAAAUAUGGUCAAGAAACAUUUACAACAUUUACAGGAGAAAUUCAACAAAAGGGUCUUAAUAAAACUUUAGAUCAAAAUUUUGGUAAAUUAUUUAAUGGAUUAAGUGUUAAUGAAAAGAAAGAAGAAGUCCCAUCAGCAUUUGGAUUUGUCAAACCAAAAGAAAAGACAAGUUUACAAAGUUUUUCAAGUGGACCGGCUAAGCAACAUGAAGAAGAAGAAGAUAAAUGGGAUGAUUUUUAGAACUUGAACUUGAACUUGAACUUGUAUUCUAUUGAAUUGAAUUCUAUGCAUAAUAAAUAAUUAUUUAAAUAUUUAC